CACACGUAUAAACCCGUGUAUAAGCGGUGUUUAGGGUUUCUGCGUUUCCUUUAUAGCUAACAAAGGCUUUGAGCCCUCUUCUUGCUCUCAUUUUAGAUUUUCUAGGGUUUUUCAUCUGCCGCACUUCGACAAAAAGGCGCCGUCGCCAUGGGGAGGAGACCUGCGAGGUGUUAUCGCCAGAUCAAGAAUAAGCCAUACCCAAAAUCACGUUACUGCCGUGGUGUCCCUGACUCCAAGAUUAGGAUUUAUGAUGUCGGUAUGAAGAGGAAAGGAGUGGAUGAGUUUCCCUUCUGUGUUCAUUUGGUGUCAUGGGAGAAGGAGAAUGUCUCCAGUGAAGCUCUUGAGGCUGCACGUAUUGCUUGCAAUAAAUAUAUGGCUAAGUUUGCUGGAAAAGAUGCUUUCCAUUUGAGGGUGAGGGUUCAUCCUUUCCAUGUCUUGCGUAUCAACAAGAUGCUUUCAUGUGCUGGAGCUGAUAGGCUCCAAACUGGUAUGAGGGGUGCUUUCGGCAAACCUCAAGGUACUUGUGCUAGAGUGGCUAUUGGUCAGGUCCUCCUGUCUGUUCGUUGCAAGGACAGCAACAGUCAUCAUGCACAGGAGGCUCUCCGCCGUGCUAAGUUCAAGUUUCCUGGUCGCCAAAAGAUAAUUGUCAGCAGGAAGUGGGGUUUCACCAAGUUCAACCGCAAUGAUUACGUGAAAUUGAAGUCGGAGAACCGCAUUAUGCCGGAUGGUGUUAACGCCAAGCUACUCGGUUGCCAUGGACGGUUGGCCAACCGUCAACCCGGAAGAGCAUUUUUGUCUGCUUCUGCUUAAGAUGAUCUGCUGAAGAAUGUCUGCUUGAAAGCUUUGAUCAUGUUGGAGGAUGUUAUGAGUUUUUAUCUUUAGUAUGAUUUUAGUGAGCUCUGUUGAAGUUUAUUCCUUAGCUGUACUAUGUUAAGGAUAUUCUGGGAUUUUUCUAUGAUUUAAAUUUUUGGAUAAAUUGAUACCUAACCCGACUUCAGUUUCA